UUCAGAAAGCUCUAGCCAGUAGGAAAAGCUGGACGGAGAUGAAAUGAUGUCUGUAGGUCGGGCUCUUUAGUACACUGAGUAUGUGUAGGGUGGACUGCGACUGAACGUCCAGAGACCCACGUCUCUCACGUAGGUCUGCUUUCGGGAGCCUUAUUCUUUUUUUCUGAGAAUCCGUAAGGAUGGGAUUAAAUUUACCAGAACAGUGAAUGUUUUGCCUCGCUUUUAAAACGAUUCUCGCGGUUCGUGUCGUUUUAACUGCUUGUUGCAGUAUUUAUAUGGGAUUGACGACGGUACUGUAACUUGAAGUCGUGACCAGCGGGAUCCGUCACUCUUCUAUAUUCAAUGAAACACGUUUGCAGCUACAACAUCGCUGCAAGCCUCAGGAGGUCCUGCGUGCUCAGUUGGUCUUAAAGGAGCCGUCAAAGCAGCACACAAGGGUAAAAUGACUAUGUCCGUCCCAGAGAACAUAUCGGGGUCCGGGGGGAAAGAGGAGGAGAGUGAAGAUGAGAGUGAAAUCUUGGAGGAAAGCCCCUGCGGCCGCUGGCAGAAGCGACGGGAGCAGAAGAAAGUCACACUGGUUUGGAAUGACAUGAAGGUCAGUCAGGGAAAUGUCCCAGGCAUUGAGAGUGCGUACUUGGCCAUGGACACUGAAGAGGGGGUGGAGGUGGUGUGGAACGAAGUGCAGUUUUCAGACAAGAAGGUUUUCAAGUCCUUUGAGGAGCGGAUACGAGAGAUGUUUGAGAACCUGAUGCAGGUGGAGCAUCCGAACAUCGUAAAGUUUCACAAGUACUGGCUGGACAUGAGAGAGAGCAGAGCAAGGGUGAUUUUUAUUACUGAGUAUAUGUCAUCUGGAAGUCUCAAGCAGUUUUUGAAGAAGACCAAGAAAAAUCACAAAACUAUGAAUGUGAAGGCAUGGAAGCGUUGGUGCACGCAGAUACUUUCUGCACUCAGUUACUUACAUUCAUGUGAUCCGCCCAUUAUCCAUGGUAACCUGACCUGUGACACUAUCUUUAUCCAGCACAACGGCCUCAUAAAGAUCGGCUCAGUUUGGCACAGGCUGUUUGUAAAUGUAUUUGCUGAAGCGAUUCAUGGGAAUGUGCAUCAACAUCGAGAUGAAAUGCGUAACCAGCAUUUUUUUGCUCCGGAGUAUGGAAUUGCUGAAGAUGACUAUGCCAUCGAUAUAUUUUCAUUUGGUAUCUGUGCCUUGGAGAUGGCAGUAUUGGAAAUCCAGGCUAAUGGGGAUGCUGCAGUUUCGAAAGAGGCCAUUGAUCAUGCUGGAGAGUCACUUGAGGACCCUCUCAUGAGGGAAUUUAUCCAGUCGUGUGUGCGCACAGAAGCCAAGUCGAGACCCACGGCUCAUGACCUGCUGUUCCACAGAGUGUUAUUUGAGGUCCACUCCUUAAAACUGCUUGCUGCGCAUUGCUUUAUCAAUAACCAGUAUCUCCUCCCUGAGAAUUGUGUGGAAGAAAAGACCAAAUCUUUUGACCCUAAUGGUAUCAUGGCAGAGAUUAAUCAUCGUGACCGACCUGGAGUCCAUCUAAAGUAUUCUCACGUCUCACCUCUGGAGCUGGACAAAUUCCUUGAGGAUGUGAAAAAUGGCAUAUAUCCGCUGAUGAACUUUGCUUCCCACCGGCCGCAUCCUAUCCCCCGCGCUCUUUCUUUGUCGCAGGAACAGAUGGAGACUGUGAAGACCCCAACCCCAGAACCACAGGAGACUGAAACCAGAAAGGUUGUCCAGAUCCACUGUAAUCUGGAAGCAAAUGAGGAAGGCACAAGGAGUCAUCUCUCUCUCUUUUUAAAGAUGGAUGACAGACUUCACCGUCAGCUUAGCUGUGAUGUUUUACCAUCCGACAGUCCCAAAGAUUUGGCUAGUGAGUUGGUUCACCAUGCUUUUAUCAGUGAGGAAGACUGUGAGAAGUUGGCAUGUUUCCUUGAGGAUGCAUUAUGUAAGCAUUGGUCAGGGACAUCCACCUCCCCUACUGCCAUGGCUGUGAUGUACUAAGCCCAGCUGGUCCCAUAAUAGACAGACAGUGCUUGAAGACUGAGCCAGAGCUUGACAAAAAGAGAGAGCGAAAGAUCCAGAUUGACAAGAGGGAAAUGAGACCAAAAGUGCAACAUUACAUAAUGAAGGUCAUGACAAGAUGGCUUGAGAAUGAGCGAUGGACCUGGGAAGAAAGCUCACACCACACCGCAUGGUACCUCCACAAACUCCAAAGAGCUCAAACUGUUAACUUUGAUCUUGAAGUUUAAUUACUGAUGUCAUUUUACUAUAACGAAGAAAUACAUUUCCAUUACUUGCAGAGAUUCUGCCUUCAGUGCCAGCAUUUUGGGUUGUGAAUUUUUUUUUAAAUGACAGAUUUUUAAAAACAUCUUGUCUAUGGCGUAAUCCAUCCUCAUCUAGCAAAGGACAAGGUUUCACACAAACAGAUGAUUUUAGGAUGACAGAGCUUCAGGAACCUGAGAGAGGAGGCUAAGUGUCCAAGAAUAUUUGCUGCUUCCCAUCAGGCAAUAUAAUUGGAGUCAAAUGUAUUAUUUAUUAUUUUAAACAAUUAAUACAUGGUCUUGGUAUACAUGUUUAAAAGGAAAACGUAUCAAAAUGUUUAAUUCUACAUUAUCGUAUUCUGUAUGCUUUAACAAGCUGACGUUGAGCAAACAAAUGUAUGGUACAAUGACAAGUGCUCUUGGAACCUGCUAUAAUUAUAUUUCUUUUUCGAAAAAAUUUUCAGACUUUAACUUAAUUUCUUGCUCUUAAUGUGAAGUGAUUCUUACAGAGUUUAAAAUGUCUCCGUUCUGAAUUGCUUCUAUGACACUAUGUUGGUCUCAAUAACUUUUCUCAUGCAGACAGUAAUGAACAUAGCAAAUAUUUGUAAACCGUGGCAAUAAUGGUAUCCUAGAAUGGUAUACUAUCAUUUAAAAGUUUAGGGUCAGUGAGAUUUUAUGUUUUGAAAGAAAUUAAUACUUUUAUUCAGCAAGGACGCAUUAAAUUGAUCAAAAGUGACAGUAAAGACUUGCAUUGUAAAAAAAGAAUCUAUCCUGAAAUAAAUGCUGUUCUUUUGAACUUUCUUUUCAAGAAUCCUGAGGAAAAAAAAAAAUCUGAGUUUACACAUAAAUAUCAGGCAGCACAACUGUUUUCAACAAUGAUAAUAAUAAGAAAUGUUACUUGAGCACCAAAUAAAAAAUCUUGAGCAUUCAGUUUUGCCACCACAGGAAUAAAUUACAUUUUAAAAUAAAAUAUAAAACAAUACUUUUUACUGUAUUUUUGAUCAAAUAAAUGCAGCCUGAGUGAAGUUCGAUCUAAUAUCUGGAUGAAGUGCAGAAGAGCACUUCAUCCAGAUGUCUUUUACCAAGAAAAUGGUUCAACUAAUGAGUAGCUGUCCAAAUUCAUUAACUCUUUCCCUGCCUUCAUUUUUUUUUUUUUUUCCUAAAAAUAAAUAAAUAAAGUUGACAGCCACUGCCAGCUUUUUUUGAUAAUUUUCACAAAACUUUCAUGGCCCCCAAAAUAUUUUGUUGUACAUACAUAUGUUAAAAAAAAAUUCUUCUAGCUUCAUGAAUUCUUUUUUUAAUCAACACUUCAAUGUGGGUAAGGUUCAUAAAAAAAGCAACAUUUUGAACACAAAUCACGGUUUUUUUCUUUUUAUCAAAGAGUACAACUUGCAUAAGCAACACUUUUAUCGCUUGUUUCUGCUUCUUCGCCUUGUUAGGAUAUAUAACACGUAAUAGCGACGGCUAAUGCUGCCUUCACGUGUUAUCGGAAAAUUUAUAAUUCCCACUUCUGAAGUCAUGAUUUUUUUUUUUUUUAACCUAGGAAACUCAUGUUUACGAUAAUUCCGAGAGCACGUGAAGGCAGUUUAAAGCCCUGGGUAUACUUCUUUCUUUCUUUUUUUAAGCGUACGCUAGCGCAGUCGAACGCACAGCCUUGCAAAGUAUACUUCACUUUACUCGUGCGCGGACACAGGCGCUCGACGCAUGCCCAGUUUGAGAUAUCUCUCCACGAGUUACAACCCAUGUAAAUAUCUUUGUAUUCUUUUAAUGCCAGAGUUGUUCAAAUGAAGGUACUUUCUAACCUCUUCAUAAGAAUCUCUCGUCUAUGUAGGCCUCCAUUGUUGCUGUAGCUUGCAUGAGCUCCAGCAGAGAUCGUAUUAUAGGGAGAUGAAAGGGUCUGUAUCUCUUACCAUUGGAGAAAGCGUAACGGCUAACUUAAUCACGUGCGGCACCUCUCAGCCUAUCGCGUCGCCGUUUAGAACUCCUCCUAGCGUACUGCCAGUUAGCAUUAGCCGUUACGCUUUUUUGGCUAAAGGUUGCAGGUUUGCCUUCAAGUGGCUUUGACCUCCAGUCUGUUCUGUUCAUGCAGGUUUUCUUUGACUACCUAAUGAAUCGACGCCCCCAGGGCACGGUUGCCACCUUGUGGAUAAACUAAUUAUUGCAAAAAAAAAUAUAUUAAAUGCGCAUGUGCGACCUUGCGGUUACAAUCGGGCGGUCCAUAAGCGCGUACUCUUCUGAUUACGAAAUUCGCGUCACGCGCACUGUUCACUGACACUCGCGUACGCGUAAAAAGUGAAGUAUACUUUUAGCUUAACAUAUAACAGUGAAAACACGGAAAGCCGGAAAAUUCCGUCAAUGGCGGGGAAAGAGUUAAGACAUUUACUUUUAUCCAUUUAGCAGACGCUUUUAACCAAAGUGACUGAUACAAACAAGUAAUCAAAGCAUUUAGAGCAGCUAAUGUAAGGUUCACAAACACAGGGGUCCUGUUCAUGACUAACAGUGUUAACAUGGGAUUAUUUUAUUUGCCUUCUUAAUGUGAAUAUGAGCUGAUCUUAGAUCAGCUGACUGCUCAGAGGUGUUUAACAUUUAUCUGUUUCUUUGUCCCUUAUACUGAUUAAUGCAUAGCUACAAUAAACUGACCAUGACUGAAUUAGAAGAAACAAAGGUUUUGCUGUAAUAAAUCCCUCCUUUGGGUAUGAAGGGCUGUUAUUCUUCUUGGCAAUUAAAUAUUACCACAGCAUGUGUAUAUUUUAUGUCAUGCAAAAUGAUUUAUACACUACUUUCUAUGUAUUCUACAUGCAAAUGAACCAUGUCAAGGCCAAAGACUGGGUGCAGUGCUGGCAAGAAUGAGUACUACAUUGCAAAAAUAACGUCCUGUAUUUGAUUGACACUUGCAUAUUUACAACAGUAUUCAUUCUGUGAAAACAUCCAUGUUGCCAUGCCGUCCAAAGCAAUACUAUCUAUUUUAGGGAUGCUUUCAGUACUGUACUCAAUGGCUUUGACUUCUCAGCAUCCCUUAAAUAAAAUAUGUGCAUGUCAGGAAAAGUAUGCUUUGACUGGAUUUUUCAGUUUUGUUAUAUUGGCAUGGAUGUAUCGCAGCUUUGAAAAACUAUUAUAAGAGAUUUCUGAUCUCCAUUUAUUCUUGCAAAUUCAAAUCAUUCAGAUGUCAUGAAAAAAAAAAAAACAAACAAAAAAAAAAACCCAGUCACCAUCUUCCCAGUGUUAUUAUGAGACUCAACUGUCUUGGAAUGUGAUUCCUUUGAAUGUAUAUACAAGAGAUAUACAGUAUGAAUGUACAGUGAGCAGCUGUUUAAAUGUACUCUUCCUAAUUACUGGUCUCCUUUCUCAUCUAAAUCGAAUGCAUUAACCAGACUUUUGUUUUUGGGCAGUUUUAUUUUUUUAUGUGUUGAAAUUGUAUACUGUGACAUGAAAUACUAUAACAUUAAAAUAUAUUAAUACUUUAA